AUGACCAUCAAAUUCGGCUCUUUCGACUCGGUCUGCCAGACAGCCGCCCUCGUUCCCUGCCCGCUCAUUGGCGGCGACCAAGGCAUUGAGCCAACAUGUUAUAGUCGAAAUGUGGAGAUUGGCGGCUUCUUGUUCUUCCAGCCCUCAACUUUCUUCGUACACAUUGUCGCCCUUGUCAUGACCGCAAUCAUGGUCUACCAUAUACGAGGGAAAUAUACAGCAGUGGGUCGGAAGGAAAUCCUGACUUUCUUCUACCUCUACGCCAUCAUCGAGCUCCUCGCCAUCUUCCUCGACACCAACAUCAUACCCUCAGCAAACGAGGCAUACGUCUGGUUUGCUGCAAUAUACACUGGAUUAAUAGCGGCGGCGUAUGCGUGCCUUGUAAUCAAUGGCUUCGUUGGUUUCCAAUUUGCUGAAGAUGGGACGCCCAUGUCUCUUUGGUUCAUGCGCAUCGCAUGCCUCAUCGUCUGGGGUGUCGGCUUCUUCAUAGCGAUCGCGACGUUCAAAAGCUUUGCGGGACUCACGCCUCAGAAAGGAACAGCGCUUUGGAUCGUCUACCUCCUUUGGCCGCUCAUUUGCACCGCCGUCUACGUGAUUUCGCAACUUAUACUCGUUUUCCGCACGCUUGAGGACCGCUGGCCGAUCGGUGAUAUCGUCUUCGGCGCCGGCGCAUGGGCAGUCGCACAGAUCUUGCUCUUCGCAUUCUCAGUCACCAUCUGUAACGCCAUCAAGCACUACAUCGAUGGCAUCUUCUUCUUCUCCCUCUGUAUGUUGCUCAGCGUGAUGAUGGUUUACAAGUACUGGGAUUCUAUCACUCGCGAAGAUCUCGAGUUCUCUGUUGGUUCGAAGGCAGCGGCGUGGGAAGUCAAAGACCCGCUGCUUGCCGGUCAAGAUUCGGAUCCCUACAUCGAGGACAGCUCGAGCGCGUAUCACGGAGCACCCGCGAGCCUCGUCGGCGGUGUCUCGGGCCAACAGCUUUACCAGCAGAAGGGUUAUGGACCCGGCCGCGGCUACCCGCCUCCUGGCCAAGGUUAUUAG